AUGCUUUCUGAUUCCAAGGAACAUGAUUCUAAUAGAGCCACUGAUGGGGCAUAUGAAAGUGAUAGCCAAAAUAAUUCUAGUUGUUCUUGUAUAGAUGAUAUAGUCAAUUCAGUUCUACCUUCAUCUGAAGGAAAGGAGGGGGGCUUUUGUCAGACUGUAUUGCUUAAUCCUGAUAGUGGUUUUUCAUUAGGAAGCAAGGUCAGUGUUUCUAGUAAUGGUAUGGAUGUCUCCUUAAAUUCGCAAUUAUCUCCAGAUCUUAUUCCAAGUGCAACUGCUGUAUGCAUACCAAAUUUUGAUAAUGCUGUACAAAUCCAUGAGGCCAAUGAAAGCGGUGGUAUGGACGCCUCCUUAAAUUCACAAUUACCUCCAGAUCCUGCCCCAAAUGAAACUGCUGUAUGCUUGCCAAAUUGUGAUGAUGCUGUACCGAUCCACGAUGCCAAUGAGAGUAGUGGUUUAGAUAGACUUGCCACCUUCAGUUCGCCCUUUUCUGAAGAUAGAACAGCUGAAGGUGCCACGGGAUUUUUAUUAGAAAAAGAAGUACCUAUUGAAACAAUUGGGACUGUCUUUUUGACUGAUUCUCCAAAAAAUGCUAUUCCUCCAAAGCCUCCUUCAUCCAUACAACAAAGAUUUGAUGAAGGUGCCUCGAAUGUUUCAGAUGGAGAAUUAUUACUAAGGCCAUUUGGAACUGCUGGCCCAAGCCAUGGUUCUGAUAUUAUUUAUGACACUAAUUCACUCUCGCCAGAGCAACAACCUCUUGGAGAAAUCCCAACUGAAGUGUUAGAAAAUAGUCAUGGAGAGAAUGAAUGUUGUAAUGACAAAGAGAACCAGACAGAUGUUAUAAUGUUGGAUAACAUUGCUUCAUUAGAUCAACAGGAAGGAAUUUCUAGAACCAUCAAUGAAGACUCGGUGUCGCAGGAAAUUCCAGUAUCAUGCUCACAGUCAGAGCAGCCUUUAGUGAUCUCAUCCCCUGUGCCUGCUGUGAAUGAGGUGCCACAGGAUUUUCGUACCUCUUUAUUUGCAUCCAAUAAAAUUGCUGAUGAAGAUGUAAGAGUUGGAGAAGUGCAUUACUCUUCUCAGCAAGCAGAGCGAUCAUCUGGUCUAGUUGAUGAUGUAGCGAUUCAAUCUAAUCCUGAGUCACUAGCUAUGGAGACUACAGUGCAAGUGCAGCUGUCAUCUGCAAAGUUCCCUUUUAGCAGUCAGGAUGCUACUGAAAAAAUGCUAAAUGCUUCCCAACAAGCUGAGUCGGUGUCUACUCCUUUUAGUACUGUCCCGGUCACUCUAACUAACCCUGAUUUACUGCUCGUGAAUUCUCCAGAACAAGUACAGAUAUUACAUUCUGCAGAGUUUCCCUUGUCCAACCAAGAUCUAGCUGAAGAAGUGGAGAAAUUUUCCCAAGAAGUUGAGCCGCUAUCUAAUCCUGUCAGUCUUGUACUGCCUAAUCAAUCAAAUAGUGAAUCACUAGUCAUGGAGCCUCUGAUGCAAGAGCAGCAUUUACCAACUUCAGAGUUCCCUUCUUCCAACCACGACAUAGUUGAAGAAAUGCAUAAUCCUUCCCAACAAGACAGGCAAGUAAUGGCCAAUCAAGAUCUGGUGAAGGGAUUACCGUCUGCAGAGCACCCUUCUUCCAAUGAAAAUACUGCUGAAGAAUUACAGAGCUCUUCUCAACAAAUUGGAUCCGUAUGUUGUCCAAUUGAUUAUACGCCACAUGCUCGAGCUAAUGGUGAGAUACGGGUGAUGGGGCCUCUGGAGCAUGCACAGCAAUUAUUGUCCGUAAGGUUGCCUUCUUCCAACUUGCAUCGAGCUAUUUUACCUUUGGCCCCUACAGCUGAGGACCAACGAAUCAAUGAAAUUACUGUCUCCAGCCACGUUCCUCAGGCAAUAGAUGAGGUUCCUAAUCAGGUUGUUAUGCAACUUGAUUCAAUGACGCCUACUGGAGGCAGAACACAUUUCUCAAACACAAUAAAUAGGUCCACUCCUGGGAUGAGCAGUCAACCUAUUCAAACUGCAACCCGAUCUGCUUCUAGGAUUCCUCCACCAUUGUACGUUGAUCCGCUUGAAAUUGAAAUGGAGAAAAUACGUAAAGAAACAUAUCAAGCUGUGGGAGACCAUGAAAAAGUGAAAUUGCAGUUGAAAUCUGAUCGUGAAAAGGAAAUGAAAGAAAUUGUUAGGAAGUAUAAUAUGAAACUUCAGGAGAUGGAGGUUGAAUAUCAGCAAAAGAAGAAGAGCUUGAAUGCAAAUAUGAAAAAAACUCUUGCCGAGAUGAAAUUAGCAGAGGUUAUCCGGUCAAAAUGUUGGGGCCCUAAAUUAAUAGGUGCAACGGGAAUGCCAAUAGAUGCAAAUUUCGCUCAACAGUUUGUUCAAUUUCAUGGAGAACAGAGUGCUGUCAGGCCCUCCCUAGUUGGUUCAUCUUCAUGUAUGCGUCCUGCAACCACUCUGCAAAGUAGCUUUGCCAUGGUUAGAUCUCAGCUUGUGGCGACUCCUAUUCAGUCUUCAUAUGGAACGACAGGAAAUUUCUCCAAUGUUUCUGCAAGAACACCUCAGGUUGUUGGUAAUAUGCAUACCUUUGCACCAUGUCCCCAGCUGUAUGGAUCAUUAACUUCUAUGCCCACCACGAGUCAUGUCAGUCACCCCACCCCUCUAAGUGGGACGUCCAGUCGCCUAGUUCCCAGUACCAUCCCUGCAACGCCUUUCUCACUCCCUUACAUUUUACCCCAACCGACACCACCACCCUAUCAGCAACUGUUUCGGAAAGGAAUAUCAUCUCCUGCUGCGGCACUGGAAAGUUUUCAAGGUGGGAAGGGGGGUGCCAAUCUCGACUCAAGCUGCCGGUCCUCCUCCAGUCCUCCCCAUUUGGCCAUUUGUGACCAAAUCGCUGAGAUCUCUUCCCCCUCCUCCAAGUCCCAGAUUCGUGCCGUGAACCCCAACAAAAUCGGAUCUAUGGCGUCGCCUCAUCACUGA